GCGCCGGCAGCUGGGUGCUGCCGCCCGCCCCGCCGCCUCCGCUCCUAGCCCGCGGGGCUGCGCCGCCGGCUCCGGCUCCGGUUAGGCUAGGGCUCAGCUCUGGCUCCCGGAGCUGCGGGGGCGGGGGCGGGGUCGCCAUGGCUUCUUUGGGGGCCGGGAGGCCGAGGUUGUGAAGGGGAAAGGGGGGGACUGCCACCAUGGAUACGGAGCAGCGGCCCGUGGCAGCAACAGCUGGUGGGGGAGACGGAGGCACCCCGGGGCUGGAGUCGGCCCCCUCGCCUGUCCCCGGUCCGGCUGCCGCGGUCCCAGGACCCUCGCCCGUGCCGGGGCCUGAACUCGGGCCCGGGCCGAUGCGGCGGCAGCUCGGGGCCCUGCUCCAGCCAGCCGUCAACAAGUUCUCCCUCCGGGUGUUCGGUAGCCACAAGGCGGUGGAGAUAGAGCAGGAGCGGGUCAAGUCAGCGGGAGCCUGGAUCAUCCAUCCCUACAGCGAUUUCCGAUUUUACUGGGACCUGAUCAUGCUACUAUUAAUGGUGGGGAAUCUUAUUGUCCUCCCUGUGGGCAUCACAUUUUUCAAGGAGGAAAACUCCCCACCCUGGAUUGUCUUCAAUGUCCUCUCCGAUACCUUUUUCUUGCUGGACCUGGUGCUGAAUUUCAGAACAGGGAUUGUGGUGGAGGAAGGAGCAGAAAUUCUUCUGGCUCCUCAUGCCAUCCGCACUCGCUACCUCCGUACUUGGUUUCUGGUGGAUCUCAUCUCUUCCAUUCCAGUGGACUACAUCUUCCUUGUGGUGGAGUUGGAGCCACGAUUGGAUGCUGAGGUUUACAAGACAGCCCGGGCCCUUCGAAUUGUCCGUUUCACCAAGAUCCUCAGCCUUCUUCGGCUGCUCCGCCUCUCCCGCCUCAUCCGAUACAUCCACCAGUGGGAGGAGAUCUUUCACAUGACCUAUGACCUGGCCAGUGCUGUGGUUCGGAUCUUCAAUCUUAUUGGGAUGAUGCUACUAUUGUGUCACUGGGAUGGCUGCCUACAAUUCCUGGUCCCCAUGCUCCAGGACUUUCCUCCUGAUUGCUGGGUUUCCAUCAACCACAUGGUGAAUCACUCAUGGGGCCGCCAAUAUUCUCAUGCCCUCUUCAAAGCCAUGAGCCACAUGCUAUGCAUAGGUUAUGGGCAACAAGCACCUCAGGGCAUGCCAGAUGUCUGGCUUACCAUGCUUAGCAUGAUCGUGGGAGCCACAUGCUAUGCCAUGUUCAUUGGUCACGCCACUGCCCUCAUCCAGUCUCUUGAUUCAUCCCGUCGCCAGUACCAAGAGAAGUAUAAGCAGGUGGAGCAGUACAUGUCCUUCCACAAACUGCCAGCUGAUACCCGUCAGCGCAUCCAUGAGUACUAUGAACAUCGCUACCAAGGCAAAAUGUUUGAUGAGGAGAGCAUCCUGGGAGAGCUGAGCGAGCCACUGCGUGAGGAGAUUAUUAAUUUCACUUGUAGAGGCCUGGUGGCCCACAUGCCCCUGUUUGCUCAUGCUGACCCCAGCUUUGUCACUGCUGUGCUCACCAAACUUCGAUUUGAGGUCUUUCAACCAGGUGACCUUGUGGUUCGUGAGGGCUCAGUGGGUAGAAAGAUGUACUUCAUCCAACAUGGACUUCUCAGUGUUCUGACCCGCGGUGCUCGGGACACUCGGCUCACUGAUGGCUCUUACUUUGGGGAAAUCUGUCUACUGACUAGGGGCAGACGCACAGCUAGCGUGAGGGCUGACACCUAUUGUCGCCUCUACUCACUCAGUGUGGACCACUUUAAUGCCGUGCUAGAGGAAUUCCCCAUGAUGCGGAGAGCCUUUGAGACAGUGGCCAUGGACAGGUUGCACCGAAUUGGAAAGAAAAAUUCCCUUCUUCAGCGGAAGCGUUCAGAACCCAGCCCAGGAAGUAGUGGUGGUGGGGUCAUGGAACAGCACCUGGUACAGCAUGACCGGGACAUGGCCCGGGGCGUGAGGGGGCUGGCCCCAGGCACUGGUGCCCGCCUGAGUGGGAAGCCGGUGCUGUGGGAGCCCCUGGUCCACGCCCCACUGCAGGCGGCCGCAGUCACCUCCAAUGUGGCCAUCGCUCUGACCCACCACCGGGCGCCUCUGCCCCUCUCCCCAGACUCUCCCGCAGUUCUUCUUGCUCGCUCUGCUCGUCGCUCAGCUGGCUCGCCGGCCUCCCCGCUGGUGCCCGCUCGGGGGCCCCCUCUGUUGGCUCGAGGGCCUUGGGCAUCCACAUCCCGCCUUCCCGCACCAGCAGCCCGAACUCUUCAUGCCAGCCUAUCUCGAGCAGGCCGCUCACAGGUUUCCCUGUUAGGUCCGCCACCCGGUGGGGGUGGACGGCGGCUGGGGCCCAGGGGACGGCCGCUUUCAGCGUCACAACCUUCCCUUCCUCACCGAGCAGCUGGGGACGGCUCCCCUGGGCGCAAGGGCUCAGGAGGUGAGCGCUUGCCCCCCUCGGGACUCUCAGCCAGGCUCCCAGGGACCACCCAAGCCCUCAGGCCUCCUGCCUCUGAUCCGGGUCCUGCCAAGGGCCCUCAGCUUCCUGCUAACAUGUAAGACUCCUGGCUGCGUCUCACCCUGAUUCUCAGAAGAGCAGGCGCGACUGCUUUGGCAUCUGUGGGUACCACAGACAAAGCAUCACAUUCCAUGGCUGUCUCCAUCACACUGGAAGUCUGUGUGACCCUUAGUUUGGCCUCCUCCGGCCACUACACCUCCAUCUCUGCCAAACAGAAGCAUCUCCACGCCCAUGCUAGAGCCUUCCCCUGGCCAUCAGACCUCCCCAGACAGACACUCUUUCCUUCCCCCUUCCCCAUUCAACGAGGCGCGAGGAUCUUCAUAUCCUCAUCCCUGCCAAGUAGAAAGAUGUCUUCUCUUCUGCCAGCUCCUGCAUUCCUCUGCUCGUGAGCCCUUUGAGGGCAGAGUCCCCUCACGGCCCAGCGUGGCUACCUUCCUGUUCCCCAUCACUGCCAAACCACAGGCCUCAUGCCCCUUGUGUGGGCAUCCACCUGCUCUCCUCACUGCCACUUGUAGGCACUUACCCGUCUACGGCCCUCUCAAUGAAUAGACACCUCUUGCCCAAAUGGGCAUCUCUUGCCAGCUUUCCUCAAUCCUAUCUUUGUUUUAGAAAAAGCUUCUUGUGAACAAAGAGCCACAUCUCUUCCCCCUUCUCCCCCCCUUGUGCUCCUAACCAGUUGUGCCCCUAGGGAAGGGGGAUGUCCAGCCCCUCCCUAAUGAAUGUGCCAGCCUAGGAGCCCCUUUGGGGAUCAGCAGCUGAAUCCUUAGGUAAUUAGUGAUUUAUUUAUAUAUCGUCCUCUCAGGGGGAGUGGGAAAGAAAGUGGGGGAUCCACUCCCUCUUCAUGCCAGCUCUGUGGUCCUUGUCUGGCUCCAUCAGCAAUACUAAGACUUCAGUUCCCCAUCCAUCCAUCCCAGGGGGAGGGAAGGGCUACCAGGGUUAGGCGCAGAGCAGUUUUUAUUUUUAGGUGUCUUUUUUUUUUCCUAUGCUGUGAGAAAGUGGGGAAAGAGUGAGAAUCUAAGCUACGAAGUGGGGGAAAGAAGGGAACAGGGUAGGGGAGGGGCAGAACCAGCCAGCACCUCUGCCUUCUCAGGGAUACAGGAAGCCCCCCAACUUCCCCCUCCAUUCCUGUCUUCCCCUCCAUAAUAGCAUUAGCAUAGGAAGAACAAUAGCCAGAAUUCUGGCAUACAGCUCCCCUGCCAAGCUCUGGGCUCUGGGAUUUUUGGUGUGUGUAUGUAUGUGGAUGAAUUAUUUUAUUGUUUUUUUAAAUGUUUGUUUACAGAUAGUUAAAUAUAUAUAUAUAUAUAAAAGAAAAA